GGCAAAAUAGAAAACACUGAAGAAAACUGGCCUUGGAAUAAGACUGAUAUCAUGAUAGCAAAUGUCAUGGGAGAAAAUUUUACAACUAAGGACAUGGUUAACUUUCUAAAAGAAGAAGUGAUACAUAACUUCAAAAAUCGAAGUCAGAUAGCAGAUGGCCUGACAGGAAAUGCAUGA